AUGUCUACUCGAAGACUCUCUGACAACCUAAGGAAAUCAAGGGAGAAGUCCCAGAAAAAGAUGAUGUCAUUCAUGGCCGACCAGAUCACUCGGGUCGUGCCAAAGAUUGUUUCUGAACUUCAAGGAUCUACCACUCCUCCAUCCUCUGUGGACUCUAAGGUAGAGAAGCUGAAAGCUACCAAGUUCAACUACAAACACUUCGUCUCCUGCAACCCCAAACCGUUUACGGGCAGUGAUGGGGUGAUAGCUAUGUUGGAGUGGUUUGAUAGCAUAGAGGUCACUUUCAUCAACAGUGAAUGCCCUGAACAUUUGAAAACCAGGAGUGCAACUGGAGUGUUUCAGGGCAAGGCUUUAGAAUGGUGGUCCAAUGAAAGAAACAUCCAUACUAAUGAGGCAGCCUAUGCUCUCCCGUGGGCCGAGGUGCGAAAACUCAUGAUGCUCGAGUUCUGUCCUCCCCAUAAGCAGCUCAAGCUCAAAGAAGAAUUCUGGCACUUAAAGCAAGUUGGUGAUGACAACAUGGCGUAUACUACCCGGUUCAAGCAGCUAAGUUUUAUCGUUCCUCACUUGGUUUCGAAUCCUAAGCGAAUGAUAACCAAGUAUAUCAAUGGUUUGCCCCCUGCUAUGCGUGAUUCCAUCGAAGCAGCUCAGCUAGGAUCUAUUGAGGAAGUCUACCGUCUCGCAACUAGUGUCAACAACAAUCGUGUGCGUGACAAGCAGUUUGCUACCCCUGCUCCUUCGAAGUCUGCAAAUCAAGUAACCCAGCAGCCGAGUGGAAGCAAGAACAAGAAACGAAAAGCUCAGGGCUCGGGCUGUAAUGCUAUUACCCCUGCUGCUAACCCUGCAGCAAAACCUGCUCCUGGUCCUGCUACUGCUAACCCUGCUGCUCCUGAAGCAAAGAAGUAA